AUGCCUUCCAUAUUAAACCCGAUCCUACCUGGUUUCAACCCAGAUCCCUCCAUUCUACGUGUAGGUGAUGACUAUUACAUAGCAACGUCCACCUUUGAAUGGUAUCCCGGCGUGCAGAUCCACCACUCCAAGGAUCUGGCCAACUGGGACCUCGUCAUCCGGCCGCUGAGCCGAAAGAGCCAGCUGGACAUGCGCGGAAACCCCGACAGCUGCGGCGUCUGGGCGCCGUGUCUCACGCACGACGGCGACAAGUUCUGGCUCGUCUAUACCGACGUCAAGCGCAAGGACGGGUCCUUCAAGGACACGCACAACUACAUUGUCCAUGCGCCCUCCAUUGCGGGCCCGUGGUCCGAUCCCAUUUAUAUCAACUCGUCCGGCUUUGACCCUUCCUUGUUCCACGACGAGGACGGGCGCAAGUGGUUUGUCAAUAUGCUCUGGGACCACCGCCGGCGGCCGAGAGCUUUUGCCGGCAUCGUGUUGCAAGAAUUUGACCCGGUCCAGGAGAAGCUCGUGGGCCCCAAUAAGAACAUUUAUCCCGGCACCGACCUGGGCCUCGUCGAAGGGCCCCAUUUGUAUAAACGCAACGGCUGGUAUUAUCUCCUGACGGCCGAGGGCGGCACGGGCUACGACCACGCGUGCACGCUGGCGCGGUCCCGGGAUAUUUGGGGCCCUUACGAGACGCAUCCCCAGGAGCACAUCUUGACAUCAAAGGAUCAGCCGUGGGCUGCUAUACAGCGAGCCGGCCAUGGAGAUGUCGUUGAGACGCCCGAGGGCAAGACGUACCUGGUGCAUCUGAGCGGCCGGCCCAUUACCCAGGCCCGGCGCUGCGUGCUCGGUCGUGAGACGGCGAUUCAGGAGGCGUACUGGGGCGACGAUGAGUGGCUCUACGUCAAGAAUGGACCGGUGCCGUCGUUGCGGGUUGAAGUGCCGGGCCAGCGGGACGAGGCGGCGUAUUGGGCGUCACGACACUACACAUUUGCGGACGGGCUGCCAAAGGACUUUCAGUGGCUGCGGACUCCGGAACCCGAACGUAUCUUUCAGACUCGGGCGGACGGGAAGCUGGUGCUGAUUGGGCGCGAGUCCAUCGGGUCUUGGUUCGAGCAAGCGCUGGUAGCCCGGCGGCAGACGCAUUUCUCGUACGAUGCCGAGACAGUUAUUGACUUUGCGCCUGAAGACGAGCGCCAGUUUGCUGGACUCACCGCGUACUACUGCCGCUACAACUUUUUCUAUCUUACGGUAACGGCCGACUCGGACGGUCGGCGCGAGCUGCUCAUCCAGUCCUCCGAGGCGUCUUGGCCAGACGGUAACCUCAAGACGCCGUUUGCUGAGCCCGUGUCUCUUCCCGACAAAGGAAAGGUGAAACUGACCUUACAGAUUCGAGGAAAAGAUCUACAGUUCUUCUACGCCCUAGAUGGCGAGGAGUUGAAAGAGGUUGGGCCCGUCUUUGAUGCGUCCAUCAUAUCCGACGAGUGCGGUGGGCAUCAAGCCCAUGGCAGCUUCACGGGCGCAUUUGUCGGGGUGGCUUGUUCGGAUCUCAACGGAACAGCGGCCAAGGCUGUGUUUGAUCAUUUUACCUAUACACCCGUCCAGCAUAAGAGUGACCGGUAUGAGAUAUGA